CCUGUGGGCAGAAUCUGUAGAGGGAGCUUCGAUACUGCACGAUACGAUACCAGGGGCCAAGAGGCUCUCGGCCUAAGAUUGCUCCUUGUGUCUGGAACAUUCCCUAACUCUCCCCGCAGCAACUUCACCUAAUACGAGUAGCUUCUGACCUUGGGGAAGUCAAUUUAGCUCGACCGGUUACAUGGGAUACGUUACUCUGAUUCGGCUUUCCCCAUUACAUUCAGCAUCGGUAUCCAACUCAGAAGCCAUCUCCUAGCCAGGUGUUGGUGGAGGGGCACUGGGUAGGCAUGUGAAGAGACUCAAUACUGUGUUAUGCACAGCCACAGUACACACGUGUCUGUAGAAUGUGGUAGUGUAUCUGUGAUCUGAUGGCUGUGUAAGCUCAUCUUCCAAGUAGAUUGAGGAAAGCAAGAAGUAAUUGACUACCAAACUGCAAAACCUGUGCCAUCAAGAAAACUCUGAAGGGUAGAAAGAAAAAUGAUUCGCUUCAUACUGAUCCAAAAUCGUGCUGGAAAGACUAGACUUGCCAAGUGGUACAUGCACUUUGAUGAUGAAGAAAAACAGAAGCUGAUUGAGGAAGUUCAUGCCCUGGUGACUAUUCGAGAUGCUAAGCAUACAAAUUUUGUGGAGUUCCGAAACUUCAAGAUAGUGUACAGGAGAUAUGCUGGAUUAUACUUUUGCAUCUGUGUUGAUGUGAAUGACAACAACCUGGCAUAUUUGGAAGCUAUUCAUAACUUUGUGGAAGUCCUGAAUGAAUACUUCCAUAAUGUUUGUGAAUUGGAUCUGGUCUUCAAUUUCUUCAAGGCAUCAAGUACUGAUUUUCCUGGUAGCUACAAAGGUUAUGAUGAUGCUUGGAAUAUUGAGAAAUUCAGGGAAGAUUUUGGAGUUAAUAUUGUUAGUCUCAAUGGAUCUGAUAUGGAGAUGGACUUUAUUGGAAUGGACCCUGCCAUUGGGAACAGCAUUCGCAGGGUACUUCUGGCUGAGACUAUGAUUCUGGGAGUGAAUUCUCAAUUUCUAGUGAUGAAGAAGACAUUCAUUCAGAAUUGGAGAGUGAUGACUCAGCCAAUGAAAAUGUUAUCCAUCCCAUUCCAAUUCGUGGUCAUGGAUGUGGUCCUUCUCAUCAUGGUGGUUGAAGUGCUGCCAGAACAAGGGCUAGAGGUGCUUCCAAGUAUGGCCAUUGAGAAAGUCCAUGUAUACUACAACACUUCCAUAAUUCAAGAUGAAGUCUUGGCUCAUCGGUUAGGCUUGAUUCCUUUGCAAGCAGACCCUCGGAUGUUUGAAUAUAGACAAAAGGGAGAUGAGGAUGGAACACCUGAAGAUACUCUUGAGUUUGAGCUAAAGGUCAAGUGCACCAAGAAUCCAAAUGCUUCUCAAGAUGCCACAAGUUCUGAUGAUUUGUAUAACAAUCAUAAAGUGUAUACCAGUGACAUAAAAUGGAUUCCUAAGGGACAGCAAAGAGAGUUAUUCCAAGCAAAGGAUGUCCUUCCCAUACAUCAGGACAUUCUCCUGGCGAAGUUACGUCCAGGACAUGAGCUGGACCUCAAACUGUUAGCUGUCAAAGGCAUUGGGAAGGAUCAUGCCAAGUUCUCUCCAGUGGCAACUGCUUAUUAUCGAAUGCAUCCAGAAAUCACUUUGAAGAAGACUGUUGAAGGAGAAUUGGCUGAAAAACUGGCUUCCUGUUUUUCUCCUGGGACUAUCACAAUCAUGGAAUCAGAAGACACUGGAACCAGAAUCGCAAAAGUUGAUAAUUCUCGUUAUGACAUGUGUGCACGCAAUGUUUUUCGUCAUGCUGAACUGGAGGACCUUGUGGAACUGAAGAAGAUUCGGAAUCACCUUAUCUUUGUGGUGGAGUCAGUGGGUGCACUUCCUCCGGAUGUUCUCAUGGCAGAAGCCAUUAAGCUUCUUCUCAGGAAAUGCCGUGACAUGGCAGUGGCUGUGGAAAACCUGAAGGUAGAAAUUGCCCGAGUUAAAGCUGAGACUGAAGCUAAAUCAAAAGAGGGCAUUGAAAUUGAUUCUGAUGAUUCACCCCUAGAGGAGGUUUUGGUGGUCGUGGAGGAGGUAGAGGUCGAGGGAGAGGAGGUUUUGGAGAUCGGGGAGGUUUUGGAGACCGGGGUGGUCGAGGCGGAGGCUUCAGAGGUGGAAGAGGUUUUACACCACGUGGCAGAGGUAGAGGAGGCGGAGGACCAGGAAGGGGAAAAAGGUGUACAGCAGGGGUGCACAACAUAUGACCCACUGGCUGCAUGGUGGCAAGGCCCUUGCCACCUGCCUCUCAUGACUAAUGACAUUGUAAGUGCUACUAUAGCUCCUGCCAUGUUAAUCACAGCUAUGGUCAGCCAGACUAUGGCCCACAGGGGAUUCAGAGGUGGGAGGAAUGUUGUUGUGGAGCCCCAUCGACAUGAAGGAGUGUUCAUAGCAAAAGGGAAGGAGCAUGUGCUUGUCACACGAAAUCUAGUACCUGGAGAAACUGUGUAUGGAGAGAAGAAAGUCUCUGUUGAUGACGAACGUGGUGAAAAAAUUGAGUACCGUGUCUGGAAUCCCUUUCGCUCAAAAUUGGCUGCAGCAAUCUUAGGGGGUGUGGAUCAAAUCUACAUGCCUCCUGGGAGCAAGGUGCUCUACCUUGGAGCUGCUUCUGGCACCACAGUUUCCCAUGUGUCAGACAUUGUGGGGCCAGCAAAUUGCAUUGAUUCAACAGCUGAACCAGAGGCAGUGUUUGCUGGUGAAGUGAAGAAAAUGCAGAGUGAACGAAUGAAACCACAAGAGCAGAUCACACUUGAGCCAUAUGAGAGAGAUCAUGCUGUUGUUGUUGGUGUGUAUAGACCCCCAGCCAAGAAGCAAAAAGAAAUAUCCCAGAUGAUGCAUGGUUUUGGAGAUUCUUCUCAACCCUCACUUGAAACGGUACAGUUGGUGGAGCGUGUGACACUCUGUGAACUUCGUAAGAUUGUUGCUCAAGCCGCUAGUGUAGCUGAAUGGAGAUGUGGACAGCGAAAGCUUGUAUCCCUUGAAGACAUACUCUUCUUACUCAGAAGGGACAAAGCAAAGUUGAAGAGACUUCUCCAAGUAUUUGCCCGUAAGGACCAAUUGGGAAAUCUCAAAGUUUCACUGGCUGAUGACCUUGAGGGUGGAAAUAAGAGCAGAGUUGCCUUUGCUCUGCAGUUUCUCAAUUCAAUUGAUAGUUCUGGGCAGCUAUCAUCUGCUAAUCAUGAAGACAUCUUUGAUGAGGUGAAGAAUGAGAGAGCAGAAAGGCUAGAGAUUUGCUCCAGAUAUCUUUCUAAGGCUCAGUAUUUGGAAUGGACAGAAGCAAGGAAGAUUUCAUUUUAUCAAAAGAACAGAAUGUUGAAGUUGAGGGACUGGAUCAUGCAGGAUCCCUCAUUCACUGUCCGUCUAUCAUCCGGGGCCCUAGAAAUAUUGCAGUACCUCGCCCAUGAGACUGUUGCUGAGCUAGUUGAUUUGGCCUUGUUGGUGAGAGCAGACCGCAGAUCUGAGAAAGUCCAUCCUCAUACUCUCCCAUCUGUACCACUUCUGCCUGAACUCCCAGAGACCAUUACGAAGAAACCACAGAUCACAAAUGCCAUCCCUGCACUUUCAAUUGAAAGAGAUCCAUUGACUGUAGAGGAGCUGAUGCUGCACCCAGAAACUCCCAUGUUUGAGGAAGGAAAACGAACAGAAGAUAAACAAUCCUGCCAUUCCUUGCCCACAAAUUUGGCAUUGGAGAAAGACUUGAAGUGCACUUUGGAAGGCCUUGUCAAUCAUCUGUUUGGAAAUGCAAUAGAAUAUAUGUGGGUUGAGGCUACAUUCCCCUUUACCCAUCCAUCUUGGGAGUUGGAGGUCAAAUUUGGAGAGGAGUGGGUUGAGAUGUUGGGAUGUGGCAUUAUGGAACAAGGCAUUCUCUCAGAAGCUGGAGUACAAGAUGCUGUUGGAUGGGCAUUUGGACUUGGCUUGGAACGCUUGGCCAUGAAAUUCUAUUCCAUACCAGAUAUUCGAAUGAUCUGGAGCACUGAUCCUGGGUUUUUGUUGCAAUUCCAUGGGAAGUCUUCUACAGACAGAAUUACCUUCAAGCCUGUGAGCGUAUACCCUCCCUGUGUGAAUGAUAUCAGCUUCUGGCUGCCAGAGGGCCAAGAGCAUGAUUUCGCCUCCACUGACUUCUAUGACUUAGUUCGCACUGUUGGUGGUGACCUUGUAGAACAGGUACAAUUGAAGGAUGAAUUUGUGAAUCCAAAGAAUCGACGAGUGAGUCACUGUUAUCGGAUUGUGUACCGACACCUUCACAAAACACUCACUCAGGAUGAAGUUAAUGCUGUCCACCGAAUGAUAGAGGAUGAGGCUUCCAAGAAGUUGCAGGUCUCUAUUAGAUAA